GUCGAAGAAGAAGCUUCCCAUGUGACGUCACAACAACAACAGCAAAAUCAGCGGCGGCGGCACUUUAAGCCUUUCUUUCGCCGAAUUGGCAACAAUGUCGUGGUUGAAAGCGGUGUCAAACGGGACGAACGACGUUUUUGAGGAGAACGCGGACGAACUUAACAUUUCAGCCAAAGAAUGGACGCUCAAUAUGAAGAGAAGAAACAGGGACGGUUACGUGGAUGGCGCUGACGCUGGCGAGGAUGCGGCGCUGGAGGUGGGUUUCAAGGAGGGCUUCUGCGAGGGAGCGACCAAGACUCGGGCCAUUGGACGACUUCGAGGGAUUGUUUGCGCAAUCGGCAGCUGGUACCAGGUGGCGCACCGCGGCCAGCCCUUCCCCGCCUCCGUGACGGCUCUCCUGCAGCGUGUUUCGCAGCACGAGGAUUCCAUCGUGUCUGAAAUCAUGAAGGCCAUGGAGAAGCCACCUCAUCCUAGUGCUGACGAUGUGGCAGAGAGCCUGGAGGAGCUCGGGGUGGCAUCACCCAAGGCCUGUCAGGAGAGCGACUGCUGCAUGGACACGGAUUGUCCUCCACAUUGUCAAACGACACAUCACGUGGGCGGUGGGAGCAACACUUGUUCCCCGUCCCAUGCCCGUGCGACAAACUUCAGCCAGCUGCUGCAGAGCUGCAGGGACAUCGCUGCGGAGCUCGGGCUACCUCCAGGGCUGUUGGAGCACAUCAAUGAGUUGGAAAAUAUUUAAUCGACAUUUUCUAUAUACCGACAAUACAAGCAGUCCCAGAAAUCUUGGGGCAGUAACACAACUGUCCCCUUUUGGGCUCUAAGCAGCACCCACAAUGGCUUUGAAAUGCAACCAACAUAAUGUAAAAUUGGGGGGACUGAUUGACAUC